GGGAGGACAGUUGAGGAGGACAGUGACAGGAGGAAUUGUAACCGCCAGAUGUCCCGAUAAUAACUCCCAGGCACAUGUUCUCAUAAUGUGUGCUGCGGAAAGGAGAUGCAAGAAGGAGAGGUUCCUCUGAACCCACCACACAUCACUGAUGCUGGCAGCUCCUGAGAAGACAUGGGCCACAGUGUUGUGAUAGGAAUAAACCUGCCUCUCUCCACUCUGUAACUGGAGAGCCAAGCAUUUUGGCCUCAAGUCACGUUCUUAAGCUUCUCCCUGGAUUCCAGCUUCCAAAAUACCAAAGUAUAAAUUCUCUUCUUUCUUCUUUGCUCUCCAGCUCUCCAGCUCACCACCUCAACCUUCUCCAGCAGCUGAGAGAGAGAAAGCUGCAGGAGCAUUCAGAAACAGGUUUGACUAGAAGAAACAACAGAGCCUCAGUAAUCAGCAGGGCAGAAGAGAGGUGAGAUGAGCUUCUCAAUCCUCAGCAAGUAACUGCUAACACACUCAGAAGAUACCAUUGAGAAGAGGAGCCGUUGUCUGCUGAGGAAGGACUGAAGCAGUGAGAAUGGAAACCACAAAGAUUAAUAUGUCCCGCAUCCCGCUGGUUAAUGGAGGCAUCGACACUGCCAUGCUCAAGGCACACAAACCCCGUGUGAUGUCCAAAAGCGGUCACAGCAACGUGCGCAUAGACAAAGUUGAUGGCAUUUACCUACUCUACCUUCAGGAUUUGUGGACUACAGUUAUAGACAUGAAGUGGAGGUACAAACUCACCUUAUUUGCUGCUACUUUUGUUAUGACCUGGUUCCUCUUUGGAGUUAUCUACUAUGCCAUUGCAUUCCUUCAUGGUGAUUUAGAAAUAAACAAAUUCACCCCAAAGCGUGAGCCGUGUGUCAAGAAUGUAGACUCUCUGACUGGGGCAUUCCUCUUCUCCCUGGAGUCGCAGACGACCAUUGGCUAUGGAUUUCGUUUCAUUACAGAGGAGUGUCCUCAUGCCAUUUUCUUACUUGUGGCCCAGCUGGUCAUCACCACCUUGAUUGAAAUCUUCAUCACAGGGACCUUUCUGGCUAAAAUUGCAAGACCUAAAAAACGGGCUGAGACUAUUAAAUUCAGCCACUGUGCUGUCAUUACCAAGCACAAUGGAGAACUUUGCCUGGUGAUCAGAGUAGCAAAUAUGAGGAAGAGCCUUCUGAUACAGUGUCAGCUGUCUGGGAAGCUUCUUCAGACAUAUGAAACCAAAGAAGGGGAACGGAUCCUGCUGAAUCAAGCCAGUGUCAAGUUCAAUGUUGACUCAUCUUCAGAGAGUCCAUUUCUCAUUUUGCCUUUAACCUUCUACCAUAUUUUGGAUGAAAGCAGCCCUUUGAGAGAUCUGACACCUCAGAAUCUCAAGGAAAAGGACUUUGAGCUUGUGGUGCUUCUGAACGCCACGGUGGAGUCUACCAGCGCUGUCUGCCAAAGCAGGACUUCCUACAUCCCUGAGGAGAUUCACUGGGGCUAUGAGUUUGUGCCUGUGGUUUCUCUCUCUCCAAAUGGAAAGUACGUUGCAGAUUUCAGUCAGUUUGAGAAGAUUAGGAGAAGCACAGAUUCCACUUUUUAUAGUAUGGACUCUGAAAAACAAAAACUAGAGGAGAAAUACAGGCAGGAGGAUCAAAGAGAGAGGGAACUGAGAACGAUGUUAUUACAGCAGAGCAAUGUUUGAUUGAAUGGACAAACUAUCCUGAUUAAUCCUUUUUGCAAACUCAAAAAACAUGCUCUCUGUGAUGUAUGUCUUCUAUGAAACCAGCAGUGAAGUCGUUUUCAGCAAAAAGCUUUGGUGUAUAGUAAACCUGUUCCUUUGGCUGAGCUGUUAAUCAAGUAUUUUGUAAUUAGGCAGGAUUUCUUUGUUCAUGAUCUUGACUUAGCAAAGUUGGAUUUGUAUUAAGUCUCUGCCUUAUACCACCACUAAAAGCAGACACACCACUUUCCGUUUGGAAAGUGAAACUGGAUACACUGUGCUGAUUCCUUCAAAUAUUUAAUUGACAUGGUUUUACUGUGAACAUGUAUUCGCAGAGACAGAACACAGUACUGCUAGAAGAACAUAUUCUCCUUUAAAUGCAUAUAUUUAUAAUGUAUAUUCUUGUACCAGGUAUUUCCUUCACAGAGAUUCCUGGCACUUAAAGUAAGUUGAUUGGAGAGACAAAUGGUUGGGUGUGGGAGAGCCUGCAGGAAGGUGAUAAACUCUUUCUUAAAUCUUGAAGGAGGGUGACAGAGUAGUCGUGCUGGGUGGUGAGGAAGGGAGCUCGCUCUCUGUGUCUGCUACUCAGAGCUUGUUUUGUGAUCACUCACUUUUUUAACCUUGUUAACGCCUGAUUUAUAUAUCAUAGUAAAAAGGGGAGAUGAGGGCAACAUACAAAGAAUCAUAACAGUAAUUGACUAAGUUAAAGCUGGCUUUGAGACACCUUUUUUUUUUUUUAUCGAAUGUAAAUAGUUUGUAAUAGCAGCAUAACAGUACAUUUCUACAGAUUGCUUGCUUUGCUAUGGACCAUAUUUAAUUUUGGUUAAAAGAAAGCUGUAUAAUGUCUGUAGACAAUAUUUACUUUUUCUGGCAACCGUUAAGGACAAGCAUUCCUUUCAUCCAUUUCAUUUUUGUUCUAUUAAAACCAUUCCAUUAAUAAAGGAAUUUCAUUUGAGCAGCUCCUGAUCUCUUUGUGGCACGGGGAGAG